CUGUAUGGGAUAUUAGAGUAAGAAAAGGAGGGUUUCUCCUCAAGUGUGGACGUUUAGAACUGUGGUGAAAGCGGCUAAGAUUUGGCACAUUAUCCAUCGUCACUGGUGAACAGGACACACACAACAGCGUUGACUAGUGAAUCGCUGUCUGUCAGCUAUAGUUAUAACGGACACCGGGAACUACCAUCUACCGGGUAACACAUCAACAGCGUGCAUGUACGUGGAAACUUUAGAUCGCGGGAGAAGCAUGGACGUCGAUAUGAAGCCAGCGGGUCCGCCGCAUGCGAACACAACCCUACCCCCAACAUCUACCCCACAGCACAGCAGUCAGGGGGUGAAUCCAACUCACGCCCAGGGACAACCUACCCAAACUCAAAACGGACAAUCAAAUACAUCGCCUAAUGUACAGGGCAAUAACAACUCUAACAGCAAAGCCGUGGACAACAGUCGUGUUAAGAGGCCUAUGAAUGCUUUCAUGGUGUGGUCUCGUGGACAGAGGCGGAAAAUGGCCCAGGAAAACCAAAUGCACAAUUCGGAGAUCAGUAAGAGACUGGGUGCCGAGUGGAAACUGCUGUCAGAGACCGAGAAACGGCCGUUUAUUGACGAGGCGAAGCGACUCCGUGCUAUCCACAUGAAGGAACACCCCGAUUACAAGUAUCGGCCACGACGGAAGACGAAGACUCUGAUGAAGAAGGAUAAAUACGCUCUACCCGGAAUGCCAGGUAACCCUCAGAUACAACAGGUUGGACGUGAAGCCGCCAUGUACCCCCAUGCCAUGAACGGCUACAUGCCAAACGGGUACCCCAUGAUGACACACGACCCCAAUGCGUAUCACCAGCAAAUGACGGGUCACAUGGCUUCUUUAGGGGGUCAGUACGGGUACCCCACCCAGCCCAUGCCCUCCCAGAUGACAACAGGGUCGUAUAUGAACGGAAGUUCGAGUUAUACCAUGUCUAUGGCACAGAUGGGACAUUACAUGCAGCCGUCUCAAGACCCCAACUCGAUUAAGAGGGAAACGAAUACCCCAGGGCAACAGGGCGUUGGGGCACCUACCUCAGGAAAACAGUACCCAGAAGACCUCCGACAGAUGAUCCACAUGUAUCUACCGGGGGAUGGGAGCCACCCCGACCAAAGUGCCGCAGCCCUAGCGGCGCAGCAGCGUCUGCAACAGAUGCAGGGACAAUACGCAGGAAUUCCGACAACGACGGACGGUUCUGUGAACAACACCGUUCCUCUCACACAUAUGUAGACAAUUUUUGUGAACCUCAUAAAAAAACUUUUGGCCAUGUGGCCGAUACAUGCCUGCCAACCAGAUCUGUUCGAAGGAACAGACAUGUUUUUGCUCAUCCUCAUCAUAAACUGUGCUGAGACAUGUGGUUUAAACCACGAAAUCCUGACUUUUUACAAGAAAAAUGUGCUAAAGAGUUUUCGUUGAUUCAAGGAGGUGUUUUCAAUGGCGGAGUGGAAGCAUUUGUGUGAAGUAGUGAGUGACUUUAGAAGCAUAAUCAUGUUAGCACGAAUCACGCCCCCGCGUUUUACAAUGACAUUUUAGUGAUAUGAAAGUAGCAUAAUAUGUUUUAUUUUCAUUUAUUUUUUUCUUUAUAAACGAUUCAUAGUUUAUGAAAAACUCCGUCAUUCCAAGAGCGAAAGACCAUUGUUGUUUAUAUUUCAUAAUUUUUGAAGAUUUUUUGUACCAUUUAAUUGUUAUAAAUUGUCGCCUUGUAUAGAUAAGAACCUAGAUAUCUAUUGUAUGUAUAUGUUCGCAAGCGCCAUUGCAACUAUAGGACAAAAGUGAACGACUUUCGUGAGCUCGGUCGCUGCUACAAAAUCGCCUUUUCUGACAUGAACAUAUCUAUUCUCUCAACUGACAAUAAUGUCACCUAAUUUAUGAGAUAUGAUUUAUUUAUGUAAGUUCAUUUCUAUUUAUGCGUCAGAUUUUUAUGACAAUAUUCCGUUUAAAAUCGGCAGCAAAAAUAUCAAUUCUCACCUGUUCAUUUUUGUUUAUAUUUGGCUUUUUAUUGUCGCCUAUUCAUUAUAUGUAUAUACAGCACAUCCAUUGUUACUUUUGGCGCAUUAUAUCUUUUUUCUUCCCUGAUUAUGAAACGUAAAGAAAAUAAACACGAUUGUCAGGGA